UUCUAAUUGGCGUUGGCAACACCAAGGUUGACAGCAAACUACAAAGUUCUUUUUCUCCGUGACUCCUGCUGUUAAAGAUGGCACCAGCUGCUAAAACUAACAAAGGUGAUAAAUCUACCGCCAAGCCGGCCGAAAAGAAGGCUGCACCAGCUGCCGCUGCCAAGGGCAAAGUUGAAAAGCCAAAGGCUGAAACUAAACCUGCUGCAGCUGCCGCUAAAAAUGUUAAGAAGGCACCAGAGGCUGCUAAAGAAGUAAAGGCAGCUGCCAAACCCGCUGCCGCUAAACCAGCGCCAGCAAAAGAUGCCAAAAAAGCUGCACCAGCUGCUGCCGCUCCCAAGAAGGAUGCCAAGGCUGCCCCAGCUAAGGAUGCAAAGAAAGCAGCACCUGCUGCUGCAAAGCCCGCUGCUGCCGCUUCGGCUAAGAAGGUUGAACCAGCUAAGGCUGCUGCACCCGCAGUUGCUCCCGCUGCAGAAAAACCAAAAGCACCAGUUGUCAAAGCCGCUAAGCCUCAACGCAAGUCUGUGACAGCUGCUGCUGCAUCUGCUACUUCUGGCAAAGUAACCAAGAAGAACGUAUUGCGUGGCAAGGGACUGAAGAAGAAGAAGGUGUCGCUCCGUUUUGGAAUCGACUGCACAAACAUUGCUGAAGACAACAUCAUGGAUGUUGCCGAUUUUGAAAAAUACAUUAAGGCCCGCCUUAAGGUUAACGGUAAAGUGAACAAUCUUGGCAACAAUGUGACCUUCGAGCGUUUGAAGAUGAAAUUGUACGUCAACUCUGACGUGCACUUCUCCAAAGCCUACUUGAAGUAUUUGACCAAGCGUUACUUGAAGAAGAACAGUUUGCGUGAUUGGAUCCGUGUUGUAUCUAAUGAUAAGGACUCGUAUGAACUUCGUUACUUCAGAAUCAGCUCUAAUGAUGACGAAGAUGAGGAUGCCGAGUAAACUUGUUUUUGUAAUACAAAUUUUUAACGAAAAAAAUACAAUGCAGCACAAAUUGAUUUUGUGUCAAACAAAAGCUGGA